UCUGUCUCAAAGAGCCAUUAUAUUGCUUUCCCGAACUAUGGAGGUAGUGAGACGUAUUGCUCUUGCCUGCCUAUGGUCACCCAGAACAACACACAGGAUUUGGGACGAGUGGUGUACGGCCAGUGUCCGUUACAGUGUGACACAAUCGUCCUAUUCGUGAUCGUACUCACUACGUGCCUGUUUCUCACUGGGGUUAUUCAAAACCCGUUGCUCAUGGUCACCAUGCGUUCGGUCAAUCAUAGUGAACGUUCGUUUGCGCUCGGUUUGCAAUUCGUCAUCAUUCGCCUAUUAGCUAAUAUGCCCUCGCCGAUCGUGUUCGGUCGUGUGAUUGACGAGGCGUGUCACUAUUGGCGAUACGAAUCCGGUCGUCGUGGUGAUUGUGCGUUUGUGGAUGUACGAAAGUUGAAUUUGUACAUGACAGGUGAGUGGUUUCCUCCCAUACUCUGUCUCUUGGUCCUUAUAUUUGCUAUUAACUUGAAUCGAUUGAGGACAUUAUCAGACAGUCAUACACUUGAGAUUACAGUGAAUAGAGAUUGUGUCAUUUUGACAAAUUUCAUCCUUGUUAACACCGGGAGUAAAAUCGGUGUUUCGAGUGCCUACUGUCCCGCUCCAGCAACCGGAAAUCUAAGCGAAACCGUGCAAAUUAGUUGUCUGUUAAAUGACUGA